ACGUGCCAAGUCGAACACAAAAAACCACCACGAUACUCUUUGAUUUUUUUCUGUCACACCCUUCUCUCUCUCCCACUUUCUCCCCUCCCACUUUCUCUCUCUCUCCGGCGACUACAACUUUACCGGUUUUUUUCCGGCAAUAAAUUCCUUUGCUUGAAAUAUUGCUAACCCUAAUUUACCUUUCUGUUCUUAUUCGAUUUUUACUUUUCUGUAAAUUUACUCAGAUCUGCAGUUCUGUGGUUCAAUUUCUAGUUGAUUUUAAAUAGACGGAAUAUCCGGAAAUUUGUUUCUUUUUUCGCCAGAAAAUUUGAUGAAUCUUUUGAUAAAGAUUUUGUUUUGUUUUCCGACGUUAGGAUAAGCUGUCAUCGACGAAACCCUAACUCUUCACUAACAUUCUGCGUAGUGAAGUUUUUCAAUUGAAUUUCAUCCUCCAGCAAUUUGCAGGUAAUUUUUACUCCUAGAGCUUGGAUAUGGAAAAUCCCAAAGGGUCUGCAAACAUUAGAAACCUAAUGCAGAAUGGGAAGAACUAUCUUCUUCCCCCUAAAAGUCCAUUUCCCAGUAUUACUCCAUCUUACACUGAAUAUAGACCCAUUGCCUCUUUGGGAUCAAAAUCUGCGUCAAGGUGUAGAGAUGGAAAUACAUUUCAUCAAAGAACUUCAUCAGAGAGCCUUAUAGAGGAGCAGCCUUCUUGGUUAGAUGAACUUCUUGAUGAACCAGACACCCCAGUACGUAAAGGUCAUCGUCGUUCAUCUAGUGAUUCUUCUGCUUAUUUUGAUGCUGGGAGUAUGUCUAACAUGGACUAUAUGCCGGUAUCGCAUGAUGAGAGCAAGUUCAAACCUAUGGUGUCUUCUCCGUCGUGGGGAUCACAAAAUUUCGAUCUUAGCAAAGAUGCUCAACAAGGAUCACUUUAUCAUGAUCGUAACUAUUAUGGGAAACCUAAGAAAUGGCCAUUGGAACUGAAAGUAGCUCCCACUAAUCAUACUAGUGGAACGCAUUCAUCCAGGGAUAAUUCUGUUAGCCAAAAUGUCAGAAUAUCUGCCACUACACCUGAAGGUGAUCCAAUUGCAUCUACAGCAGCUGAGAAGCAAGACCAAAGUGAAUCUGGUUCUCAUGAUUCUAAAACUUCUUUUGAGAAGAAAGAUGGUUCUCAUGUGAAAACUUCAUUUGAGAAUGAUACAAAACGUGCUAAGCAGCAAUUUGCUCAACGUUCAAGGGUUCGGAAGCUUCAGUACAUAGCUGAGCUGGAAAGGAAUGUACAGGCACUACAGGCAAAAGGGUCUGAAGUUUCAGCUGAGCUUGAGUUUCUCAAUCAACAGAAUAUAAUCCUUAGCAUGGAGAAUAAAGCUUUGAAACAUCGUUUGGAAAGCCUAGCCCAGGAAAAGCUAAUUAAAUACUUGGAGUACGAAAUGUUGGAAAAAGAGAUGAGUCGACUUCGAGCCAUGUACAAACAGCAGCAACAACAGCCACAGCAUCAACAGCCUCUUCAGAGGCCAUCAUCUAGUCACAGACGAACAAAUAGCAGAGAACUUGACUCACAAUUUGCAAAUCUCAGUUUAAAGCACAAAGAUCCUAGUUCAGGAGCCGACUCCUUUAGUCGCCCAGUUGGAAUUUAAACAUGGGAUUGUCAAGGAGGUCCUUGUGUAUGCUGUCUUUCAAUCACAGUUACCAUGCUGGUGAAAACUGUUAUCCCACACGAUUGGUCCCUUUUGACAUUGAGGUGGACCUCUGCUCGGAUAACCCGAUUUCUUUUCUCAGUUUUUCUGUUUCCAUCGAGUUAUUAUUGUUGUGCACCUGGUGAGCUUCACUGGAACCGAAGGAAACUUCUAAUUUCCACGUCGAUGUCUUGCCCGAGGUGAUUAAGGAAAGGGUAUUUAUAUCUCAUGUGUGAUUUUCUAGCAUUCAUUAAUUUUAAGACAUUGUUAAUCCCAUUGUUUUUUUUGGCUUUGCGCAUAGCAAUUGUCAGAUGUGGAACCCUGCAGAAAAGCAGGAGUGAAUAUGGGAUGCUACUUGUAAGAAUAUGUAUUGCAGGUUACUUGUAAUGCAUCAUUGGUGAAGCAGCUUUCUGUAAUGAUCAUUUUUUCCUGAAUAUGUUAUCUUUUUAUUUUAAAUGUAAAUUGUUUUCUGACUGAAACACCAAAAUUUCAAUGCAUGCAUCCUCAUGUUGAGAACAAGAAUUCAAGUUUCAGGUCAAGAACUAAGUCUCCUUUAUCAUAGGCCUAUGUAGCGGGUGGUUUGUACAUGAAUUUUGAAAAGUUAUUGUUUGUUUGUAGGAAAAGUUCUUCGAAAAUAUUUUAUCCUUAAGUUUACAAAAUCAUUGUUUUCCACUUUUUAGUUUCAUCACUAGAUGUCAAUUCAUUCUUAAUUCUUUUCUACAA